AUGGAACUGUGUAUCACGGCUCGCCACAAUGGGGAAAUUCAAGAUCGGCUCCGGGCACUGGAGUACGAAGUCCAUGCUCUCAAGUUAGGUAGCGGAUCUUUAGCUCGCAGGUUUGGCUUGAAUGAGAACCUUGAAUGCGAUGCGAAGUCAUUCUUAUCGGUGUCGGAGUCGCUGGAGGACGGAGAGGUUCUCGAAUACCCUUUCAUCGAUUAUUGGCCUGCGGCUCGCAAACAAGGUGAGAUUCAACGACGAACCAAGGCUUUGGAGAAUGGCAUUCGCGUCAUGAAGUGGAACCUUGGGCUCCGAGAGACGACGAACGGCCCAUGCUCUCCAGUCUUGGUCAAUAAAGUCAAUCCUGCCCCGGCUGAAGAUACUUACCGUUUGGCCCCUGAGUUGGAAUCAUUGCUAGAUGACCUUCAGAAAUGUGGGAUGAUUGAAAAUAACAAGCAGUUUUAUUACACCAGCACGGCUGCACUCCCGAAGCAGCAAAGGAAGAACGAAAUCAUGAUGGCUUACAAUUUCAGACGGCACGAAAAUCCCGCGAUAGCUGGACCUAUUCCUGACAUCAACCCCAAGUCUCGUGCUGGCAGAGUAAAAACUAAUCCACAUCCUAACCUUUCCAUCAAGCACUCCAUUCUCACAGAUUUUAUUCUUGACGCUGACCGUGGUAUCAGGAAUGUUGCCUGCAGUCUCUACCUCCGCCGCGAAUGCAAGCCGCAGUACAUCUACAGCUUCAACGAGCUUGAAGCUAAUAUGUUCUACGACUGGAGAUGGGUGCGUUCUCUUCAACCUGGAGAUACUCUUGCUGGGGACAUAGAGAUCCUUUGCAUACGUAACCAAAUGAUGUGCGAUAUGGUCGACAACAGGGAAGAGACUAUCUUUGAGGAUCGCGCUACACUUUGGCCCUCUGUAGUCUACGAACGUCUGAAGCCUGAUUUUCGCGAGAUUGAGAAAUCUGGUUUCCGCGUUUUGGCGUGGCGGUUAUGCAACGUAGAUGGGGUUGUGCCCUUGUGGUUGGAUCGUUAUGGCUUCUGGAUUUCUGGCGUCCCCGUCCACAGCGGCACUAGAGGUGCCUUAUUGCUUCUGAUCCAAAAGUUCUGGUACUCGAUUUGGGUUGAGGUUCGGUGGAUCGCCAAAGGCUUCAAACUUUUGUCGGGCUUGUUUCUGGAAGCCCCUUCUUUACCAUAG